CCAUAUACACUAUAUAAAACCCCACUAACCCAUUAACAUUCACGUCCAACUCAGACCGACUUCUACACGGCGUUGAGGAAAUGCUGCCGAUUCUGCAACUGGGUCUUUAACCAUCUUCUUGAUCAGAGAUCAGUGAAUCCAGAUCACACGGCUGAAAAAUUUCCAUUUUUAUGAUAAUGGUGAUGUGGGUUUGCUCAAAGAAAGUGUUUCUUUAGGAAAGAAAAGGUUGCAGGAGAGAAAGAGAAGCAUAGAAUAGGAGGGAACUGUUUCAAACGGUAAUCAGCUGCAUACUCAUCUACUUCUCAAAUUCAAAUCUUGCGCACAUUAAAGAGCAGAGGGUUUAGCAAAUAGGCCACCACAGAUAAUAAUUAAGCCUCAAAUGGACACUUCUUCGAAUUAUGAUGAUAGUUCUGACCUGGGUUAUCAUCCCUCACCUUCUUCUCUGGAUCAAACUGAAACUCCAGGAUUCUCAACAACAAGUGGCGAUUCUUUCUUGUUUCGCCGGACUUAUUCAGAGACAUCAGCCUUAUCUGAUGCCAUAGAAGACAACAGCUAUUCAAGCGAACCUUCUUCUUGUCACUGGAUACCAAACAAAUCGGCAGCCCAUAAUCAACCUUUGCUUGGAAGGCUAGGCAUGAAGCAACGGAAGUGCAUUAUCGAUGAUCAAGAAUCAGUAGAUCCAGACCUUGAGAUGAUGAAAGAAAGAUUCGCAAAGCUUUUGCUUGGUGAAGACAUGUCAGGAAGUGGGAAAGGUGUCUGCACGGCUGUCACAAUCUCAAAUGCCAUAACUAAUCUCUAUGCCACUUUGUUUGGACAGAAUUUGAGGUUAGAGCCGCUGAAACCUGAGAAAAAGGCUAUGUGGAAGAGAGAAAUGGAUUGUCUUCUUUCUGUAUGUGAUUACAUUGUAGAAUUCAUCCCCAAGUCGCAGAAUUUAAAAGAUGGAACAGCUCUGGAGGUGAUGGAAAGCAGACCACGAUCUGAUAUUUACAUCAACCUUCCUGCAUUAAGAAAGCUUGACGCGAUGCUCAUUGAAAUACUGGAUGGUUUCCAAGAUAUAGAAUUCUGGUAUGCAGAACAGGGAAGCAUGUCAUCAAAUUCAACUCGUUCAGGUUCAUUUCGCAGAGUUAUUGUUCAGCGGAAAGAGGAGAAAUGGUGGGUGCCAGUUCCUUGUGUUCCUCCAGGCGGUCUCUCUGAGAAGUCAAGGAAGCACUUGAGACACAAACGUGACUGUGCUAAUCAAAUUCACAAAGCAGCCAUGGCCAUUAAUAGUAGUAUUCUUGAUGAUAUGGAAAUUCCAGACACAUACAUGGCAUCACUUCCCAAGAGUGGAAGAGCGAGUCUAGGUGACGUAACUUACCGCUACAUGUGUACAACAGACAUAUUUUCCCCAGAUUAUGUUCUUGACUGUCUCAAUAUAGCAUCAGAACAUGAAGCACUUGAGCUUGCAGAUCGAGUAGAAGCUUCAAUGUAUACGUGGAGACGUAAAGCGUGCAUGAAGCAUUCAAAAUCAUCUUGGGAAAUGGUAAAAGACCUCAUGUCUGACAUUGAUCGAACUGACAAAAAUCAUGUUUUAGCAGAAAGAGCGGAAAGCUUGCUCUUCUGCUUGAAGCAGAGGUAUCCUGAACUUUCACAGACAUCCCUAGACACAUGCAAGAUACAGUACAAUCGGGAUGUGGGACAAGCAACCCUAGAGAGCUACUCAAGAGUCCUAGAAGGCCUAGCAUUCAACAUAGUUGCUUGGAUUGAAGAUGUUCUUUUUGUAGAUAAAUCAGUAAGAAACCAAGGUGAAUAGAAACCUAAAAAAUGAGUUCAAACGUCAACAAGAGAUAUCUUAAUCCAGCAGUUCUCCUCCUACAACCGAUGACCAAUUUUUGUAGAAUACGAGCAAAAAAAAAACAAUUAGAAGAAUCUUUGAAAUCUUUUUACUUGUUUCUGAAGUUAGUCAGUAGUAGUUAUAUCUGUAAUGAACUAAAUUAUUAGUUCAGACUUUAAGCAAGAUCUGUACAUUUUGCUCAAAGUGAAACAAGCUAAAGCUUCCAAAA